AUGGAGAAAGACACUUUUACUUGGGUCGAUGUGGAGGAUCACGAGGAUGGGCACGAGAUGGACAAACGGAAUGAGAUCGACAUUCUCAAAAGACUGGGAGGGCUUGAGGAAGAGGUUAGCAGCCUCAGGCAAGAAAAUUUUAUCAAGCAAGAGGAUUCCUCCCUUAUCCAGAGAGUGAAAGACCUUGAGGACGAGGUCGGCAGCCUCGAAGAAGAGGUCAGCGGCCUAUGGCAGGAAAAAUCGAUCAAGCGAGAGGAUCCCCCCUUAUCCAGAGAGUGGAAGGGCUUGAGGAAGAGAGUGAAAGACCUUGAGGAAGAGGUCGGCAGCCUCGAAGGAGGGGUCAGCGGCCUAUGGAAGGAGAAUUCGAUCAAGCAAGAGGAUUCCUCCCUUAUCCAAAGACUAGCGGAUCUUAAGGUAGAGGUCAACAGUCUAAGUCACUCCCUUAUCUUUGGACUGGCAGGCCUUAAGGAAGAGGUCGGCGGUCUAAGGCAUGAAAAAUCGAUCAGGCGAGAGGAUUCCUUCCUUCGCCAAAGACUAGCAGACCUUGAGGAAGAGUCCAUCAGACUACGUCAAUCCCUUGCCCAAGCACAGAUAGACCUCAAUGAAAAGAUCAGUGGCCUACGUCGAUCCUUUGCCAAAGACCAGGCAGACCUUAAGGAAGAGAUUAGCACCCCAAGGCAAGAAAGUUCGAUCAAGCGAGAGGAUUCCUCCAUUAUCCGAAGACUGGCAGGCCUUGAAGAUGUCAUCGAAAACCUCACACGAAAGGAAAGGAACAAACAAGAUGAAACCAACGCUCAACGCGAAUAUGUCCUGCAUUUAUGGUCUAAAUGUCCUCCCUCGAUGAUGCAAGGCUCAAUCAUUGACGCUACCCACGAAGGACACAUUCGCGCCGAUAUCCAGGCUAUCAUUGCCAAAGAAGAGAGUGACCCGGACAUCGCUGAAGGAUGGAAGGCGGCAUUUUUGGAUCGGUAUGGUCUUCAAUGGGGGGUUGACUGUGAGAAAGGAGAUGAACUAAAGUCUGUUGAUGCCGAGCUCAUCCGUGUGUUCAACAUCAGGGCUCAUGUUCUUCAUGGCUGGGGUGAAACCCGCACGGAGAUACUCGAUAUUUGUGAUCAAUGGAUAAGUCAUUGGAGAUCUAGCCGGACGACCUACAUCCCCUCGGGGGAGUACCGUAAGCUAUGCCAACUUUAUUACAGCUGA